AUGCCUGAGACGGCCCACAUCAAACAGGUCCAGGCAAUGGGGUUUGAUGUAUUGGCCAUCAGCUGCUUUUUAGAAGAAUUACAAUCUACAUCUAAAGGGAAAAAGAAACAGAAAGAUAAUCAAUCCAAUAUUCCCUUGCCAGAGAAUAUGAUACUUAAAGAAGACGACCUCAAAGAUGUCAACUGGACAAGAAAAGCGCCUCGGCAGUUGUCCAGAAUCUCCACCAUCAUCAGCGACGCCUCACAGACACACAAACUAGCUCAAGAGGAUAUUCAGAAGUUUGAUUUGGUGGCCGUUCAACCUACUUCAGAGAAAACAUUCCAUCUGGCUUGCAUGACACUUGAUAUUGACAUCAUCAUUAUAGACGUGACACAGAAACUACCAUACUUCAUAAGACGACCUUCAGUGAACACGGCCAUUGAGAGAGGGAUACACUUUGAGAUACAAUACAGCCCCGCUGUUAUGGACUCGAGUUCAAGGGUAGACAUGAUCCACAAUACACAGUCAUUAGUCAGUGUCUGUAAAGGCAAGAAUGUGAUUUUAUCAAGUGGGUGUGAACAGGCUUCUUCCAUCCGUGGACCAUAUGACGUUGCCAACCUAGCCAUGCUGUUUGGAAUGACACAAGCCCAGGGGAAGGCAGCGGUCUGUAGGAACUGUCGGGCGGUACUAUUUCAUGCAGAGUCCAGGCGCGCCUGCAAAUCCACGAUGAGUGCUGUGCAAGUAAAGGGACUACAAACAACACACCAGCCUGUCGUUACCGAGUGCCAACAAAGUCAUUCUGGAGAAAAAUCCACAAAAGCUGAUGAUCAUUCUACCAAAACUGCUUCGAGUGACGCAAAUGUAUUACCAGUUAAUAUGAAAAGAACAAAUGGCCUCGUGGACGAUGGUCCACCUGGGAAAAAACUGAAAACGUGAUUCUACUUUUGCUUUAGAGUAGAAAAGGGAAUUCGAUACAAGAACGAUCAUGUGUCAAUAAAAGUUCUGGUGAA